UAUUGUUAAAUGGAAGUGGGUGCUGCCACCUGGUGGUUGCAAGAUUUUACUCUUUUCCUGUUCACUUUAAUUUAAAGCUUCACAUAAUGGCUUAUAAAGACUUAUAUGGUAAUAAACUGACGGAUAAUCCGUUUCAAAGAGGUUAACAUACCAUCUUUUAAUGACAAUGAUUUAAAGCAACAAAGGAUUUUGUCUGUUUUCUUCAAUAGAAGUUUCCCCUAAAUUGCAGUUUACCACCUGAUCCCCAUAAGCUCUUUAUGCAAAAGGUAAUUUAAACUCCCAGGUGUAAAUUGAGCACAUGGCACACAGUGAAGGAGAGAAAAGCUCACCACCAAACAGGUGGACUAAAUACAAAACCAGGAGGAAAAGGAUCGCUGGGAUAAUCCCAAAACAAAGAAGGCAGGCAGAUUUCUGCAGUUAUGGCAAUCUAUUAUCUGAUGUCUGACCUCUUUAUAUGAGUAUAUGAGAAAUAACCUUUAGUAGAGUAUACCUUUAGUUUAAUUGUGCAAAAAAUAGAGCAAGAUUAGCCUUAUAGUGAGUUCUUUGUGGUUCAUUAAUACUCGCAAUGUAGAGAUGCAAUUAAAUCGGUUGAGUUACACAGAAGGUCAAAAGUCUUGACUAAAAUAGAAAAUAAUCUAAUGCUCCCAUGUUACGCAGUUGUGAACAUAAAACCCACAUAAGAGACUUUCGAAAUCCCCCCAUAGAUGAGUCAAAUACAAAGACUGAGUAUUGGCUUUCCAUAAAAUGAGAUUAACUUAAAGGUUACAUUACUUGCAGUGAAAUAAUGUGUCUCUUUAAUUUUUUUAUUUUGUUCCACCCCUAUAAACUGAUAUAUUCUAUAUUAUUGUAUGAAUAUGACUGACUUGAAUUAGUACACAUUUCUAGUCAUCUUUCUUUCCCCAUUUGAUUCUUCAUUCCAAAUUCGGGGACACAGCUGCACACUUUACGCACACUUUACGCACUGCCGGGUCUCCUCCUCCAUGGUCCGAGGCUGCGACACACCUGGAGAAAAACAGACUACUCCACGCGCGUCAAACUCCAACCCAUUGGCUCCACAGCCAUGUCGGUGCCCGGUCCACAUGGUGAUCUGACGCUGUCCGACCUGCAUUACGCGCAAUGAACGUCACGCGGGGCUUGCUGACGGUUCUGAGCCUGCUGAGCCACACCGAGUCGCGGUGCUCUCCGACGUCGUAUUAUAAGAACUGCUGGAUUCGACGAUUUCCCGGGUUUUUCAUCGACAUCGAGGAGUCCCAGCGGAGAGGAGCGCAGCUCAUGAAGUUCUACCAGGAGGAGACUGCGCUGAAAUGCAGCCGCGCCUGUUGCCUCACGAGGAACUGUAAGUCCCACGCGUGUGGCUUUUGUUUUGUUUUUUUGUUCCUCCCUGAUUUUCUUUUCUUUCCUCUCAUAGUUUCCUGUAAUCUUGCCGUAUUUCACUACGAUACCACCCAAGAGAACUGCUUCCACCUGCACUGUCCCACCCUGGAGAGCUGCAUUCUCAGCCACAGAAGAAACGUAGUUCUGUAUAAUAUCACAAAGGGCGUGGAUCCCGACCUGUUGGUGUUCGGGAAACACUUCACCUCCAACGUGCGCGUCUUACCCCACCACUACGGCCGGGGAAACGCCUCGGAGCCGCUGCCCUCUGACAAACGCCACUUCAUCCACCCUCCUCCGCCCCCCGCGCCGCCUCUGACCUCAGCGGCCACCGUGCAAACCCCCACGAGCCCCGCGACUCCCACGACCUCCACGACCUCCACGACCCCCACAAGCCCCACCGCGACGCAGCACAGCGCCACUCGGCCGUCGACCCUCCACGCGACUACAGUUCCCGUACCUUCCACUCCAGAGGCCCCGCUGGCUUCCGGGAACCAUGCACAAACAACAACCACCACCACCACCACAAACCCGGCCGUCUCCACCACUUCUCUGGCCGCGCCUCCUCCCCCCAGCACGGCACACACCUCCGCGGCCUCCUCUGCCGCAGCCUCGCAGCCUUCCGCUCCCGCCACCAGCUCCGGCCCCCUCCCGACUUCCCCGGCCCCCGUGGCCAGCGCAGAGAGCGGCGAGCAGAGCCCCAACAACACCGGGGCCGGUCCGUUGGGGAACCACACCGCGGGCAGCGGCGGGGGGGACGUCGGCGAGGCGGGAGCCGGCUGGCACGCCGCGGCCGCCGCCCACACGCUGCUGGUGGCGGUGGCCGUCUGCGUCGCAGUGGCGGUGGGCUGCUGCUGCUGCUGCUCCGUCCUGCUGGUGGUGAGCUGGAGGGGUCAGAGGAAGAGGAUGGGAUGCUACCGGGCGUCGUGGCGAGGGAGAAGGGGCUCCACGCGCCUGAUCAAAUACGUCCUGGUCAGAGAGAACACCUGAAGGGCCUGGAGGGCCCGAGGGAAGAAGAGAUGAUGGGACUGAUGCUUCUCGUUUGUUUACAGGAAGGUUUUAAAAGGAGGGAAUCCAGGCUGAAGAGACACUUCAUUGACAUGAAUAUUAAUUUAUAUUUUUGUAAAAGAGUUUUAGAUUAUUUAAUGGAACUGACAUGGAUGGAUUUGCUUUGUUUGAAGCUGAUGCAUUGAGGUUACAGCUCUGUAUAUUUAGGGUGAGACCCCCAGACUAGAGGAGAGAAAACAGACACAAUAGCUUCCUAUGCUUCUCUGUUUAGCCUUAACUCACCAAAAGGUGUGUGUAUAUAUAUAUAUAUAUAUAUAUAUAUAUAUAUAUCAUUCCAAAAAAAUGUUAGUACCAAAACGAAGUCUUAGUGUAAGAUUGCAAAAUUACACAUUUUACAUAUUUCAAAUUAUUUUUACCCCCAGAAAAAAAGGGUUCUAAACUUUUAAACUUCCAUAAUUAUUUUGUCUACAUAACUUGUCUCAUACUCUCACAUUCAUACCUAAUCCAUGCUUCACCUUCCAGUGGUAUCUAUAAAGGUCUUUACUAAAUGUUUGUUCACGUCAUCCAUGGCCUGAUUUAGGGAACAUUGUUUUACUAACAACAUGGUAAAUGAAUAUCCGAAAUCCCAUCGGUAAAAACCUUAAACAUGUCACUAAAUGAAAUCACUU